GACGCGUUACUUCUCUUUGCUCUGGUCGCUUCAGAUUUUGUAUAUAACCCAGCGCAAUGAGUUCCACGCUGUCCACAUCUUUGUGCUUCGAACCCCUCUCUAGUCCAUAGCUCACCUCUCUCACAAUGCCAGGUGGUCCAGCUGCUACAGGUGCGGGUAUCGGUGCAAAUGCACCAAAGAACGCCUUCGCUGGCAUUCUUAUGAGCGCCUUUGCCGCCUUUGGUGGUGUUCUCUACGGUUAUGACACAGGCACAAUCAAUGGCAUCAAAUCCAUGUGUAACUGGCUCGAAACGUUCGGACAUGAAGUUCCAGUCUCCACUCUCUACCCAUGUGGUUACACCAUUACAUCUUCCCAAGAAUCUCUCGUCGUUUCUAUACUCUCUGCCGGAACUUUCUUCGGUGCUCUCCUUGGUGCACCCGCGGCCGAUAUCCUUGGUCGUAAAUGGGGUAUCAUCUUCUCCGGUCUGGUUUUCUGUAUCGGUGUUGCCAUGCAAACCGCAUCAACAGCCAUGCCUCUGUUCGUCGUCGGUCGUGUCUUUGCCGGUCUCGGUGUCGGUCUCAUCUCCGUUUUGAUUCCCAUGUACCAAUCUGAAUGUUCUCCCAAGUGGAUCCGUGGUGCUGUUGUAUCUGCCUAUCAGUGGGCUAUCACCAUUGGUCUUCUCCUUGCAUCUGUGGUCAACAAUGCCACCCAGGCUCGUAACAACCACUCUUCGUACCAAAUUCCGAUUGCAGUACAAUUCAUUUGGGCCAUCGUUCUCAUGUUCGGCAUGUUCUUCCUUCCUGAGUCUCCCCGUUGGUUGAUCAAGAAGGGCCGCGACGCAGAUGCUGCUAUUUCUCUCAGUCGUCUCACGUCACUCGAUGUCAACAACAGUGAAGUUGAACUUGAGCUCGACGAUAUUCGUGCCAACUUGAAAUCCGAGGAAGAGUUCGGCAAGACGGGCUACAUCGACUGCUUCCGCGGUGGUCCCACCCAGAUCGGUUUGCGUACCCUCACUGGUAUUUUCCUUCAAGCGUGGCAGCAGCUCACUGGUAUCAACUUCAUUUUCUACUUCGGUACCCAGUUCUUCCAGGGCGCUGGCAUUGGAAAUGCUUUCCUUGUCAGUGUCGCUACCAACAUCGUUAACGUUUUCAUGACUCUCCCUGGUAUGUGGGGUGUCGAGCGUUUCGGUCGUCGUCGUUUGUUGAUUAUCGGUGCCAUUGGUAUGACCGUCUGCGAGUUCAUCAUUGCCAUCGUCGGUGUUACUGUCCCCACAGCUAACAAGUCUGGUCAAAACGUUCUUGUCGCGUUCGUGUGUAUCUACAUCGCCUUCUAUGCCGCUACGUGGGGUCCUAUCCCUUGGGUUGUCACCGGCGAGAUUUUCCCUCUCGCUGUCCGUGCCAAGGCUAUGUCGCUCUCCGUCGCAUCCAACUGGCUGUGGAACUUUGCCAUUGCUUACGCCACACCAUACCUCGUGAACCCUGGCGCCGGGAAUGCCAACCUUGGAGUGAAGGUGUUCUUCAUUUGGGGUUCGACGUGCUUCUGUUGCAUCGUCUUCUCUUACUUCUGCAUUCCUGAGACCAAGGGUCUUUCUUUGGAGCAAGUCGAUAUCAUGUACCAGCACUCUUCGCCCAUCAAGUCCGUCCAGUACCGCAAGCAGCUCAUUGCUGCCGACGUGCAUGCCUCGGACCCAACAUCGAUUGAGAAGGCUGAUGAGCAAUCCACUGAUGAAAAGGCGUAAAUAGUAACCGCACUCGUAAGGCGCAUACGGUCAGGGUUAAGCCCUGCCAUUUUAGUAGCAGUAUUUCACUCACUAAAUAGUGAAUUUGUGAUUUUUACGGGUACGAUGUGAUAUACACGACCUCUUAAUUGAUAAUACGAUUUUUUUUGGCUUCCCUGCA